AUGCCAUCUGAUCUGCCUCAGAGUCUGGAGAAACUCUAUAUAGAUUACUGCAAUGAGUUAGUGGAAGUCUUUCACUUCGACUUCCAGGGGACGUCAAAAGAAGAUGCUCUGCUUUCAAAAUUAAGGAAACUCGAUUUGUCUGGUCUACCAGAACUGACGAGUAUUUGGAAGGGGUCCGUUCCUCCUCUUGGUAGCCUCCACCAUUUAGAGGACUUAGAUGUUGAAUAUUGCAAGAGACUGAGAUAUCUCGUCUCACCUACUCUGGCACAAAGACUUCAACAAUUAAAGCAGCUUAGCAUUGAGGGGUGUGAGAAGAUGGAGAAAUUGAUAGGGGUAGAAGUUGAAGAGAGCACAAGUGCAUCAUUAUUGUCAUCAUCAGGGUCAAGUCAAUCAGAACGAAUGUGUCCCCUUCACUCACUUCCAGAUGGAAGAAUGUUCCCCAAUCUUCGAACAUUGUACAUUUCUAAAUGUGGCCUCCAGAAUCUCUUUUCAUUGAGUGUCGCGCAAUGUCUCUGGAAACUCCAACGUCUCUCUAUCAUCAAUUGCAAUGGAAUGGAGGCGAUAAUAGCAAAGGAGGCAGACGAUGAAGUGGUGGAUCAAGGCAUGCUUCCAAGGUUAAGGACUUUAGAUUUAUCGGGGUUAGAACAGCUAACAAGCUUCUACCAAGGAGUUGGGAUACUUUUCGAUUGGCCUUCCUUAGAAUAUCUUGAGGUGCGGUUGUGUCAGAAUUUCAAGAAGAUUCAAAUGGGACCCCACAGCGCUCCAAACCUAAAGAGAAUUGAAUCAACCAAAGAAUGGUUAGAGGAGGUGGAGUGGGAAGACGAGAGCCUUAAAGCCCGCAUUCAACCCCUUCUUUAUCCGCCACUGUGA